AUGAUCAGCAGCAGCAAAAACAAAAAGACAAGCCAGGAAGCCCAAGACCUCCGCAUAAGGCCCCCCCAGGCACAGCAUCAGCAGCAUGAGCAGCAGCUGACGACUAUGGAGCCAACGAGGCGCGCGCUGCUUGGGCGGCGCCUGAGCUUCAGUUGGGGGCAGGCCAGUUUGCUGCAGCAGCAGCUGCUGCAGCAGCAGCAGCUGCUGCUGCUGCUGCAGCAGAAACAGAAGCAGCUGCAGCAUGAAAAGCCGCUACUGCUGAGCCAGCGGGGUGGUAUGCACAGCGUGAGGGCAUCCAGCGGCUGCAGCAGCAGCAGCUUGCACAGCAGCAGCAGCUGCUGCAGCAGCAGCGGCAGCAGCUGCUGCUGCCGCCGCUUUGUGCAGCAGCUGCUGCAUCCAGGCGCAGGCGUCACUCACCUCCCGCUGCUGCAGCAGCAGCAGCAGCAGCACGUGCUGCAGAGCUUCUCAGCCUUCAGCAGGCAGUCUAAGCGCAGCAGCAGCAGCAGCAGCAGCGCGCGGAGAGGCAGCAGCAGCCACAGGAAGCCGCCGCGGGGCGGCAGGAGCAGCAGCAGCAGCAGCAGGAGAAGCAGCAGCAGCAGCAACAAGCUGCAGACGCGGAAGCACAAACAUGUGACAAUGGAAAGGCCCAUUCGCAAUCCGCUGCACCCCACAGCAGCAACAGCAGCAAUUAAUGCAGCAGCAGCAGCAGGAACUGACCUGCUCAGAUCCGGGUGUAUGUACACCCCAGAAACAGCAGACGCCAGGCUGCUGGCAGCAACUUCGUGUCUUUGCAGGCGCUACAAAUUAGCAGCAGACCAGCAGCUAAUGGAGAAGUACGCACGGCGCGCCCUGCUGCUGCUGCAGCGCAGCACGCCGAAGCAGCUCUCGCUGCUGCUGCACUCCCUGUCCGGCUCGGCGCUGCUGCAGCUGGACGACAGCAGCAGCAGCAGCAGCAGCAGCAGCAGCAAGGGGGCUGUGCCGUUUCUCGUGCUGCUGGCGCUGGCUUCUCGUGCUGCUGCUGCUGCUCUCAAGCUGCUGCCCCGCUGCAACCCGCAGGAUUUGGCUUUGCUGCUGCAUGCGCAGACUCGCAUAUUUGCGGUGUACGUACGCCACCAGCAGCAGGUGCUGCUGCUGCUGCAGCAGCAGCGGAAGCGGCUGCAGCAGCAGCAGCAGCUGCUGCAGCAGCAAGAGGAAAGGAGGCGACGGCGCGCGGCCGCCCAAACAACGCAGCUGCAGCAGCUGACGGAGGACCAGCAGCAGCAGCAGCAGCAGCAGCAGCUGCAGCAGCAGCGGGAAGAGAAGCGCCGCCAGGAGCAGCAGCUGCUGCAGCAAGGCCUCCAUGGCUCCCCAGGGGAGCUGGACAGCGAGCUGCUUGCUGCUGCUGCUGCUUAUCCUGAAGCAGUGCUGCUGCUGCUGCUGCAGCUAGCUGACGAAGUGCCCCACAAGCUGCGGUUCUUUGAGCAGCAGCAGCUCUGUGCUGCCAGCAGCAGCUACGUGCUGCUGCUGCGGUCUUUGCUGCCUGCUGCUGCAGCAGCACCGCUCCUCUUUGCUGCGUCCGGCGCUGCAGCAGCAAUCAGCAAGCCUCCUGCUGCUGCUGCUUUGCCUGCUGCUGCUUCCAUUCGCCGCUGCUGGCCGCUGCUGCUGCUGGACCUGCAGCAGCAAGCCAUAGAGCUGCUGCCUUUUGCAGAUGGCCGAGCGGUGACGUCUCUUAUGCAGUCCUUUGCUGCUGCUGCUACCCUCAGCAGCAGCAGCAGCAGCAGCAGCAGCAGCAGCAGCAGCAGCAAGAGGUUCCAGCGCACCAUGAAGGCUUUGGCGGACCGCGCGCUACACCUGCAGCAGCAGCACAAGCUGACGCAGCAGCAGCAGCUGCUGGUGGCGCAUGCACUGGCUGUUGCAGAGGUGGAGCAUCCUGAGGCGCUGCAGCUUGCUGCUGCUGCUGCUGCGGCUGAAGGCAGCAGCAGCAGCAGCAGCAGCAUUGAGGACGAGGAAGGCGCAGCAGAAGGAGAUGAAUACUGGUGCAGCAACAGCAGCAGCAGCAGCAGCAGCAUUGCCCUACGCUUGCUGCUGUCUACCUGCGUCCGCAGAGGCAGGAGCUGCCCGCUGUCGCUGCUGCAGCAAACGGAGCAGCGGGCGCUGCAGCUGUGGCAGCAGCAGCAGCAGCAGCAGCAGCAGCAGCAAGAUGUGCUGGACAGAGACAAUGUGCUGCUUGCUGCAAAAGCGCUGCAGCUUCUCUACAGGGCGCCGCACUGCAGCGACAUGUUUGCUGCUGCUGCAGCAGCCGAGCUGCACAAACUGCUGCGCCACAUACAGCAGCAGCAUCAGCAAGCCCUCAGCAGCAGCAGCAGCAGCAGCAGCAGCAGCAGCAGCAGCAGCAGCAGCAGCACUUUGGUCUACCCCAGUCCUCAAUUGCUGACGGUCAUCACGCGCGCAGUCUGUGUGCUGCAGAGCAGGUUCUUGCUGCCCCCAACUGAGCAACAGCAUCAGCUGCCUGCUGCUGCUGCUGCUGCUGCUGCAGGAGCUGCUGCCGCUGCAACAGCUGCUGCUGCUGCUAGCGGCACAACGCUAACUGGCUCAGCAGCAGCAGCAGAAGGAAAGCAAACAGCAGCCGAAGAGAUGCAGCAGCUGCCUGAGGGCGAGCCUGCGUCUGCUGCUGCAGCUGCCCCACAAGCUGCUGCUGCAGCAACACCAACAGGUGCUUCCGCAGCAACCGAGGAAGCAGCAGCAGCAACAGAACCGGCAGCAGCAGAAGCAGCAGCAGAAGCAGCAGCAGCAAAAGAGGAAGCUGCACGCCAUGUAACUGAAAUGCCUGCAGCGGUGGCGCAGCAGCUGCUGCGGUCUUUGGAUGGCUUUACUAACGAGGCUCUUGUGGCGCUGCUGCUGCCGGUGCUGCGGCUGCAGCAGCAACAGAGUGCUGCUGCUGCAGCAAAACCUGAGCUGCUGCAGCGAGACAGGUGGAUGCACCAGGAGCAGCAGCUGCUGCUGCUCAAGCACAAAAUGUUUGCCCGCGCUGCUGCAGCUGUUGGCAGCAGCCAGCCGCAGCAAGUUGCGCUAAUUGGGAAGGCCAUUGCUGCUGAGGCUGCGCAGCAGCAGCAGCAGCAGCAGCAGCAGGAAGUGAGACUCGAAAGGCAGGAGCUGCUGCGGCGAGUGCUGCGGCGCAUGCGCAGCAGCAUCAGCCAGCAGCAGCAAGCUGAGUGUCUCGCCACCAAGUCGGCGCUGCAGCAGCUUGCAGCCUGUGGCCUGCUGCUGCAGCAGGGCAGCAGCAGAAGCAGCAGCAGCAGCAGCAGCAGCAGCAGUGCCACCGCCGAUGCUGCUGCUAAGCACCCAAAGGAUCUGCGGGUGUACCAUGCGCUGCUGCACUCAGUGAAUCUGCGCCUGGGGGAGCUGGCUGCGCAGCAGCAGCAGCAGCAGCAGCAGCAACAGCAGCAGCAGCAGCAGGAAGAGGAAGCAGAAGAGCCAGUUAUCGUAUCAGCUCUUCCGGGAGAAUCAGCUCUUUCCCCGUCCUUUAUUGUGCGGAAGAUGCGGCAGCAAAAGCUGCUGCCAGUAGCAGGUGAAGAAGAGGAGCAGCAGCAGCAGCAGCAGCAGCAGCAGCAGCACAGCAGCCAGUUUAAGGAUUCUCUCGAGGAUUUAGCGGAGCGAACGGACAUGCGGCUGCGGCAGCUGCAAGAGCAGCACAAGCUUCUGGCUGCAGAAGCCCUACAAAGCAGCAGCAGCAGCAGCAGCAGCAGCAGCAGGAGCAGCAGAAGCAGCAGCAGCGCUGCUGCUUCCGUUGCAGAGCUGCUCGCUGAAGACAGCCAAGCGCUGCAGCAGCUAGAACGAGAGCAGCCACACAUUCUGGAUCAAUGGCAGCAGCAAAAGCAAGAGGCAGCCGCUGCUGCUGCUGCUGCUGCAGCUGCUGCUGCUGCUACAGCAAAAGCUUCUCUAGGCCGCCAGCCACGAGGGAGACGAGCCCGGUUGGCUUCUGCUGCAGCACUGCAACAGCAGGAGCCUUCAGACGAUUACUCCCCUCAAGCAGCAGCAGCAGCAGCAGCAGCAGCAGAAGCAGCAGCAGAAGCAGCAGCAGCAGAAGCAGCAGCAGCAGCAGAUGAUUUGAUAGAAGACAAGAGACUGGUGGUGCGCAGCAAGCUGCUGCAUGCAAAGCUGCAGCAAAGUGGAGAAGAGCUUUCGGCUUUGCCUUUCCUGGACGUGGACGAGCCGCCGCCCAGGCGCCGCUAG